ACUCAAAAUCCUCCAUUUUAGGUGUCCGCCUGUGCUGUCCCCUUCAAACGCAAACAAAACCUCUCUCUCUCUCUCUCUACCUCUUCUUCCUUCACUCUUCUUCUCUCUUUACAGACACAUUUCUCUCACUACACUCUUUUGCUUUAAUCAUUUCUGCAUUUAACAGAACGCUAAAUAAUUCAUAAAUACAAAUAUAAAUCAAUAAGAAGCAAGCUAGCCAAUUUUCAAUCUAUGGAAGCACCAGAAUUGGAUAACCAGUCUGGGUUUUGCUCGCAAUUUGCAAAUGAAAAGAACCAAUCUUUGGAUUCUAAGCCCGGUGGUGGAGGUGACCAUUUCAUCGUCGAGGACCUCUUAGACUUCUCCAACGAAGACGCUGUUAUCACCGAUGGCAGCUCUUUCGAUACCGUUACUGGAAACUCCACGGAUUCCUCCACUGUUUCUAUUGUCGAAAGCUGCAAUUCUUCAUCCUUCUCCGGUUCCGAGCCUUGGUAUAAUGGAGAUUCUGGGUCCCAUAAUUUCGCCGACGAUCAAUUCUCUAGCGACCUUUGCGUUCCGUAUGAUGAUUUAGCUGAGCUCGAAUGGCUGUCAAAUUUCGUUGAAGAAUCCUUCUCCAGCGAGGACUUGCAAAAACUCCAUCUGAUAUCAGGCAAGAAAGCUCGAACCGACGAGUCAUCAGAGACCCGAAAUUUUCAUCCUAACUCCGAUGUUAACAACAGCAACACCGCCGCAUCAACGAAUAACAACCACCCAAUUUUCCACACUGAAAUGUCCGUCCCGGCCAAGGCUCGUAGCAAGCGCUCUCGAGCUGCCCCAUGCAACUGGGCUUCUCGCCUCCUCGUCCUCUCCCCCACAACCUCAUCAUCGGACACGGAAAUCGUCGUCGCCCCAACCCACCAUCCUAAUUCCGGGAAAAAGACAGUAAAAAUUCCGGCAUCGAAGCGAAGAGACUGUGAAGAUGGCGGAACUGGGAGUGGUGAUGGGCGUAAAUGCCUUCAUUGCGCCACCGACAAAACACCACAGUGGCGGACCGGACCAAUGGGUCCAAAGACGCUAUGCAAUGCUUGCGGCGUAAGGUAUAAGUCGGGCAGGUUGGUGCCUGAAUAUCGGCCAGCGGCGAGCCCAACGUUUGUGCUCACUAAGCACUCAAAUUCGCACCGGAAGGUGCUGGAGCUUCGGCGUAAGAAGGAAUUGCUGAAGGCCCAGCAACAGCAACAACAGCAAUUUCUCCAUCACCAUCAGAACAUGGUUUUUGAUGUAUCCAACGGCGAUGAUUACUUGAUUCACCAACACAUGGGGCCCGAUUUCAGACAGCUGAUCUAGUCACGUACGGAAGUGGCAGGUUCAGGUUCAGGUGGGGUGUACUGAUUAUUUAGUAGCGAAAUUUGUUAGUGAAUUUCGUUAAUCUUCUAAUUUUGUCUAACUUCCUUUGAUUUUCUUUAACUUUUUAUCAUUUUUAUUUUUAUUAAUUAUUAUUCUCAGGAGUUGGCUUUCGUUUUCAAAGUUGGCAAGCUCUGUAACUCAGUUUUUCGUAAUUCAGUUUUUUUUAUUUUUUUAUUUUAGAUAUAAAGACAAUUUUCUUU